AUGUCCUCCUACUACGGUGCCCAAUUUCUGGGCACAACAUCCGAGGGCUCAACAACACCGAGCCCCGCGCCGAUUCGAUUUCAAAGGAAAGCGUCGACCGGAUCUGCGCCGGUGAGUUAAAAACUGGAAUUUCUGAGAAAAAUCGUGAUUUUUAACCCGGAAAUUGGUGAUUUUCACAUUAUUUUACACAAGUAAUUAAGAAAUUUUAUCACAAUUUUCCCACAGAAAAAAAAACAUCUACACCGCCUUUUUCUCUCAUAAAAUUCGACCUUUUUGGUCAUUUUUUAGCGCCAAAAAAAGUACAUUUUUGAUAAGACAAAUCUUAUCCAAAUAUACAACAAAAACAUACAAAAAUGGGAUUAAUAAAUCAUUUUUUCUGGUUUUUUUUGUAAAAAAUUUCAUUUAUCUUUUUAUUAUAGUUUUUUUUUUCGUUUGUAGAUCAGAAAAAAUUGGUUUUGGCGCGAAAUUUUGAUCUACAGUAUGUGGAAUUUUAUUAGAAAUUUUUUAAAAUCUACAGUAAUUUGAUCUACCCAAAUUUGAUCUACAGUAAUCCAAAUUCAUUUCAAUUUUUGCCCUGUUUUCGCGCCAAAUCUAUCUAGUUCAUAUGAAAUUUUUUUUGAUUAAUUACCUCUAAUUAAAAAUUUCCUUCCCCCGCGCAGAUAUUUUUUCUAGCGUCAAAAAUCCGAUUUUUUUUUGAUUUAUGCUUGAUUUUUUUAGACACCGUGUUACAUUUGCUGAUAAAAAAUCUGUAUAGUCAUUCAUUCAUUUUUUUUUGCUGUCACAAGUUAGCCUAAUUAUUUUUUGGCCGAUAUCCCGCCGGGAAACAUUAUUCGAACAUUUUCGCAUUGUUCUCGUAUAGUUUUUUGCGGAGAAGUACUGUCAUUAGGUUACUGUAGCUCAGAGAUAGCUCAAGUUUUUUUGAAAUCUUCAGAAGGUUACUGUACCUUUAAGUUUUCAGAUUACUGUAGAUCAAAAUUUUUUUUUUGCAGCCCGUUCCUCCACCAGCUGUCCCACCACCAGAAUCAAGUGGUGACGAGGCUGAAGCGCCGACUCCAACCACACCAAGACUAGACUCUAGUCUGCAAAAACAGAAGACAUUCGGAAGUGUCUCAUCGACUUCGACGACUACUGUAGCUUCCGUAACACCGUUGGCUAGAGAACCGACGAGAGUUUCAACUUUGAAAGUGAGUACUGUAGAUGGGGGGGGGGGGUACUGUAGGUUUAACAUGAGCAAUCACAAUGUUUUGUUGCUAAAGAAGAACUAAAGCUAAAGCUAGUUUAACCUGAGCAAUCUAAUCAUUUUCUGUUGAAAGACGACCUGAACUUAAUCUGAGCAAUCUUUGGUUUUAAAGGAGCUUAACCUGAGCAAUUUCAUACUGAUAUGAGCAAUCCUAUAUUUAACCCAUUAUAUUAUCAUGAGCAAUCUCUUUUAACAUGAGUAAUCUCAAUUAAUUGGGACUAGCUUAACCUGAGCAAUAAUCCCAGGAACCCUUCAAAAAACCCUUCCUCACUUAACAUGAGCAAUCUCAAAAUUUUAGUAAUAAAAACCUGACCAGCUCCUAUCUAGUAUGAGCAAUCUCAAUUAAUUGGGACUAGCUUAACCUGAGCAAUAAUCACAGGAACCCUUCAGAAAACCCUUCCUUACUUAACAUGAGCAAUCUAUAUUUUUUUGCUUUAAAGGAGCUUAACCUGAGCAAUUUCAUACUGAUAUGAGCAAUGUUAUUAUAUUUGAACAACUAUAUAAAAAAGAACCCUUUUAACAUGAGCAAUCUCAUAAUUUUUCAAUAAAUUAGGACUAGCUUAACCUGAGCAAUAAUCAGAGGAACCUCCAAAAAACCCUGUCUUAAUUAACCUGAGCAAUCCAUUUAAUUUGCAGCGCGAAGAAAAAUCGAAAAAACUGCGCCAAGAACGUAUGGAACGCGAACGUCAAGAGCUCGAAGAGCAAAGAACAUCAGCAGCACCACAAAAAGAAUCACAAGAACAACACAUAACACUAGGCGAACGAACGAGUUAUGUAGAAGAGCCAAUUUCAGCACAAACAACACUCGAAAGAAAGGCUGAAAAAGCGCUCGUGAGACGAAUUACAAAUGAGAUGCAAUUGGCGACAACUGGCGCAUUCAUGCAUCCGAUUGCAAUCCAUCAAAAACACCCAGUUGGUGCCUAUACACCGGGUGUUUAUCGGAUUCGUAGCCUGCGAUUCGUUGAAGCCGCACUCCGUCGGACCCUUUGGGCACUCGGGAAGUUCCUAGCAAAUCGCCCGAUUUUCGCGGCAAUUUUGCCAAUUUUAUGCUUUCUAUCUGCACUAUCUCUCCCGAUUCUAUCUAGAAAUUUGAUAUUUGUUGACAUGCCUUUCGCGCAUAUUUUUGGCGCCAAAUCCGAAAUUGUCACAAAUGGUCUUGGUGGAUUAAAGGCACAGGAGUUCAACUCGACGAAUCCCAUGUUUUCGUGCAUGAAUUGGCGUGAUCCCAAUCAUUUUGCGGUGCUUUUGAGGACCAGGUAGGAGUUAAACAUGAGCAAUCUUGUUAACAUGAGCAAUCCGAAUUUUCCAGCUCACUCAGAGACACAAUUUUACGGAAGGAUGCGGUUUUGGCGUAUACGGCUCUCAAGAAGAAGCUCGAUCAUUUUCCUGUGGAAAAACGAGAGGUGAGUGCAUAACAUUGCUCAUGUUAAGUAAAAUUUAUAAUAUGAGCAACUCCUACAAAAAUCCUAAUCUGAGCCAUUUUUGAGAACUUCAACCAAACAUUGCUCAUGUUAAAUAUAUUGUAUAAUGUGAGCAAUGUCAAGGCACAUUUGUGAGUUAACAUGAGCAAUGUCUAGUUUUUAAAGGAAUCCUAUGAAUUUAUUCAAUUUUCAAUAUUUUGGAUUACCAUGAGCAAUACCAGGGAAAUCUUAACAUGAGCAAUGUAUACAGGAUUCUAUAGAAGUUCCUUUUUAAAAAUCCUAAUAUGAGCAAUCUUUUAUAAUAUGAGCAAUCCCUAUAGAAACAUUUUUUCUUAGCUUAAUCCUAAUCUGAGCAAUUUUUGAGACCAAACAUUGCUCAUGUUAAGUAUAUUGUUUAAUGUGAGCAAUGUCUAGUUUUUAAAGGCACAUUUGUGAGUUAACAUGAGCAAUGUCGAGUUCUGAAGGAAUUUAUUCAAUUUUCAACAUUUUAGAUUAGCAUGAGCAAUACCAGGGAAAUUUUAACAUGAGCAAUGAAUCCAGGAUUCUAUAGCAGUUCCUUUUUAAAAAUCCAAAUAUGAGCAAUCUUUUAUAAUAUGAGCAAUCCCCUAGUAACAUUUUCCUAGCUUAAUCUAAGCUGAGCAAUUUUUGAGACCAAACAUUGCUCAUGUUAAGUAUAUUGUAUAAUGUGAGCAAUAUCUAGUUUUUAAAGCAAUCCUAUGAAAUUUUCAACAUUUUGGAUUACCAUGAGCAAUACCAGGGAAAUCUUAACAUGAGCAAUCCUUCGAGCAAUUUCUCCUAAUAAUUUCUAAUAUGAGCAAUCCUAUAAAAUUACAGUACCUCCAACAAUGUUCCACAGAAUGUGAAAUCGAUAAAGAUAUGGUCGAUAGAAUUGUCAAAAAAUCCCCACAAGUUGCGCUAACUUACCCGGAAACAUUUGUUAGUAUGAGCAAGGAUUCGACGAAUCUAACUAGAGUCUAUUUGGGAGCCACAAUUGGAGGAGUGGAAAUCGAUACAGAUGGUGCAAUUUCAAGUGCCACUUCGCUUUUCAUGAAUUUCGAGUUGAAACAGGAGUUGGGAGGAAAAGAGCACGAUGCGUGGUUUCGACAUUUUGAUGAUCAGAUUUUGUUGACAACCGCUCCGAAUAUUUCAAUCAUGUCUUGGUCGCCCGAGAAUUUUCGAGCGAGAGUUAUCGAAACUAUUGAGCUGGAAUAUUGGCAAAUUCCCAUUUGUGCUGCUAUUUUACUCGGAUUUUGUGUCGUUUUUUCGUUUGGUUUGAAUUCUUAUGAGGUUUGUGGGGGGAUUUUUGAAAAAACUUAGUGUAACUCUCAAAACUUGACAAUCAGUUUUGAAAAUACAGUAGCCAGGGAUUUUCUGAUUACUGUAGAUCAAUACCCGAAAUAAACACGCAACGCAGACCGCGCCGCGCCACAACACACACAAAUAAGGGAACGAUUCGAAUUCCCUCCCUUUUUUGUGUGUGUUGUGGCGCGGCGCGGCGCGGUCUGCGUUGCGUGUGGAGCGCGUGGUACCGAUAUGAGAUUUUCGAUAAUAUCUUCAAAUUGAGAGCUACAGUAAUCUCGAGGGUUACUGUAGAUGAUUCAAGCUCAAAAAUUUUUGAAUUUUUGGAAUCAGAAUUUUCCACAGCAAAUUAUUUUGCAAAGUCAAAAAAAAUCAUUUUCUGCUCCUACAGUAACCCGAGACAUUUGGCGCCAAAAAAACACACAAAAAAUUUUAAUCCUUUCUAGCUACAGUAAUCUCGAGGGUUACUGUAGAUGAUUCAAGCUCAAAAAUUUUUGAAUUUCAAGCUUCAGAAUCUUUUUUUCAAAGCUUCAAAACUCACUGAAAAACACUGUAGAUCAAAUUUUCUGAGCCUACAGUAACCCGGCGUCAAAAAUUUUAAUCCUUUUCUAUUUUCAGUCAAAGCCAUGCAUCGGAUUGAUGAUUUUCGUCACACUUGUCAUCUCCUCAUUAACUGGUAAGAAACCCUAGAGUUUUUCGAAAAAAAAAUUUUUUUUCGAAAAAAAUUCAAUUUUUUUUCUAAAAAUCCUUUUUUUUCCAAUUUUUCCUUUUUUGUUCCAGGAUUCUCGAUGCAAUUCUACCGUAAUCUACCCAUCGACCCUCUGAUUUAUCCAAUUUGUUUUGUGAGCACAGGCAAGUCUUUUUUUUUGGGGGCUCCUCAAAAUUUGAGGCUCAAAUCUCCAAGGUUACACACUAAUUUUAAAUUUUCGCAACAAAAAAUUUUGUUUUCUCUUGAAAUUUGAAGCCAAUUAGAGAAAAUGAUGGAUUUUUUGCUUCUUUAUAAUAUGAGCAAUGCAAAUUUUUCUAAACAAAAUUUCUGCAGGCGUCGGAAUCCUGUGGCUCUUCCAACUACACUAUAGUUGGUCUCGCUAUUCAUCGGCCGCCGUUCAUCCGACCGAAAAAAUUGCGUUCAUUUUGGCACAUGAUGCGCCGGGAAUUGUCGCAAGUGCCGCUGUUGUUGUUGUCACAUUUUGUAAGUGUGCCAGGCUUGCAGAAAAAGGGGCGGGGCUUGAAGCUUCUCUCUGAUUUUCUAGUCAUCUCUAGCUGUCCAACGUCCCCACCCUCUGCGUCUCUAACCUUUCUACACCACCUUCUAGAUGUCUAGCUUCUCUGGGGUUCCCGUGCCGCCUUCUGCAUCUCUAGCUCUUCUAGCCGCCUCUAGCUUCUCUGCGUCUCUGGGGUUCCCGUGCUGCCCUCUGCGUCUCUAACCUUUCUACACUACCUAGCCACCUCACUACUCUGUGUCUCUUACUCUUUAGCUUCUCUGCGUCUCUAACUCUCUAUCCGCCUGGCUUCUCUGCGUCUCUUACUCUCUAGCUUCUCUAUCACUCUGCUUUUCUAGCCGCCUAACUUCUCUGCGUCUCUUACUAUCUAGAUUCUCUACCACUCUGAUUUUCUAGAUGUCUAGCUUCUCUGGAGCCCUCGUGCUGCCCUCUGCAUCUCUAGCUUUUCUAACCGCCUAACCUCUCUGUGGUUCUCACUCUCUAGCUUCUCUGCCACUCUGAUUUUCUAGUUAUCUCUAGCUGUCUAGUUUCUCUGCGUCUCUGACUUCUCUGUAUGUCUAACUCUCCCAUCUAGCUUCUCUGCACCUUCCUGAAAUAGCUUCUGCGUCUCUAACUCUCUAUGGCUUCUCUGUAUGUCUAACCAUCUCUGUGUAAAUGCGGAGUGUCGUUUAAUCCUCUACAUUCCAGUAUUGAUGGGUCUCCUAAUGACAAAUUCCCACAUGGUAUCCUCAUUCAUCGGAAUCGCCUCCUCGAUCGCAAUCCUCGUGAUCUUUGCCAUUCUCUUCAUCUCAAUCUUCAUCUUCUUCGGUGGUCGAAGAGAGGCCCGCGGUGUGAAAUGGUAUCAAAUCUUCAAAACCGGCGAUACCCAAUUCACCGCUCCACAAUUGGCAUCAUUCGAUAGCUCGGCAUUGUUUGGACUACACGAUCGUUUGAUUGACACACGGCCAAGAGCAACUCGAGCGAUCGGAGCAUUUUUGAUCGGCAGAACUGUUCGAUAUCCGAUCGUCUUCUUCUGCACAGCCUAUUUGAUCUUUGCCGCGUUUGGAUGUAGUCAAACAUCAGUGGAUAUCAAAGAGGAAUACUUUUUACCACAAAAAAGUGCAGAGGCCGCAUUUAUUGAGAACUAUCGCGAGCAAUUCGGAAAAACUACACGAUUUUUGGAACUUGUUAUUGAUGGAAGUGUCGAAUAUCAUGAUCGAGAUGUUCAGAAUUCGAUUUUCGAAAUUUUGGAUUACGCAAUUGUGAGUCCUAGAUUCCGCAAUCUUUUCCAGACUGAAAAAUUCUAUUGCAGAACGAAGGCUUCGCCACUCGCUCGGCAAACUGGCUCAGCGAAUUCACAAAAUUCGAAAAAGGCUCGAUCUACGAUGUGAAUCCGGAUACCUUUGUGCCAGUUGUCAAUCUAGUUUUCCUUCCAUCGGAACCUUAUCGUAAAUUCGCUUCGGAUGUUGUUAUGGAUCGAUUUCAGACGCAAAUUGUGAAAUCGAGAAUGUUUUUGGAGUUGACGCCGAAGGGAUUCAAUGAGAGGUGAGUGGAAUCGAAUUGUCUUAGGACCUGCGCUUUAGGCUUAGGCCCUAACUAAGCCUAAGCCUUUAAAAACCAUAGCUAACAUAGUCUAAAUGCUUAACUAAUGUAAGCCUAAGCUUUACUCUAGCUAAGCCUAAGCCUAACUAAGCCUAAGCCUUAAAACCCAUAGCUAAGUCUAAAUUCUUAACUAAGCCUAAGCCUUUUACUAAGCCUAAGCUUAACUCUAGCUAAGCCUAAGCUUUACUCUAGCUGACUGGACUAAGCCUAAGCUUAACUCUAGCUAAGCCUAAGUCUAACUCUAGCUAAGCCUAAGCUUAACUCUAGCUGACUGGACUAAGCCUAAGCCUUAAAAACCAUAGCUAAGCCUAACCCAAUCCAAACCUUAGCAUAAGCCUAAGCUUAACUCUAACUAAGCCUAAGCUUAACUCUAGCUAAGCCUAAGCCUAACUAAGCCUAAGCUUAACUCUAGCUAAGCCUAAGCUUAACUCUAGCUGACUGGACUAAGCCUAAGCUUAACUCUAGCUAAGCCUAAGUCUAACUCUAGCUAAGCCUAAGCUUAACUCUAGCUGACUGGACUAAGCCUAAGCCUAACUCUAGCUGACUGGACUAAGGUACCACACGCUCCACCGAAACAAACACGCAACGCAGACCGCGUCGCGCCACAACACACACAAAUUCAAAUUCCCUCCCUUUUUGUGUGUGGCGCGGCGCGACGCGGUCUGCGUUGCGUGUGGAGCGCGUGGUACCGAUGAGACACCGCGGGGCCCAUUUCAAGUGUAGACAGGAAGCUUCCACGCAACGGAAAGUUACCAUAACUCCCAAUUUUGCAGAGUAUCUCUCAUCGAAACCCUUCUCACCAAAGCCUCCUCCACCCACCUCCCCCUCUCCGUCUCUCUCCCCUCCACAAUGUCUCUCCGCCACGACAUCACCGUCCUCUCCUCCGGCCUCUACGCCUUCGGCAUCGCUCUCGUCUCCCUCUUCAUCGCCUCUCUCCUACUCCUCGGCCAACCCGCUCUCACAUUCCUCCUCCUCUUCACCUCAAUCGCAGUCCUCGUCGAAACCAUCGGCUACUCGUAUUUCUGGACAGUUCCAAUCAAUAUGGUUACAUUGACAAUGGCGUUAGCCGGAAAUGCGUUGACUUGUGUGAUAGUCAUCGCAUUUUGCUAUAGUUACUUGAUGAGCGGGAAAUCACAAAUCCGCGCUGGAAUCCGGAUUCAAUACACAUUCCAGGCUACAUUGAUCCCUGUGUUAUUCGCCUGUAUUAUCCCAGUUCUGACAUUUAUUCCAAUUCUAAGCGUCGAUGUUCCACUAGUCUAUCAUAUCUUCAAAAUAAUUGUCCUCAAUGCCACCGCUUCAUUGAUCCAUUAUCUAUUAUUUUUACCAAAGUAAGUAGAAAUGUACCAUUUUCCACGUCAUAACUCUUUUUUCUUCUUUCAGCCUAAUGCUCUUGUUCUCGGAGCAUUUCAGUUUUGGUUGCUCAUCUUUGAAUUGUGCCGAGUGUUGUUGUGAUAUGGAUGAUGAAUCAUCGAUAUAUUAUAUUCCAACUGGCGGUAGACCCAUUCACCCAGACGGUAUUUAUACACAACACGCAGCCUAUGCCUACUCGGUGCCGAAGAUCAACGCACCACCACCGCAUUAUUUGGCGAUCGGCGCUCCGCCAACACCAUCGGCGAAUCGCGUUGGCGAGAUCUACGGGCAAUAUGCGGUGCGCGAAUCAUCGCGUCGUCCGCGUCGACACAGCGAAUCGUCGCAAGGUGGUGAUGUUGGUGCGACACCGCGACGCGAUCGCGAUUCGCGACGUCGGCGACAUCGACGAGCUGUCAGUCGAGACAGUGAGAUUUAUGAGGAUUUGCCGAGUCCGGUUAGUUUUGGGCAAAUUUUGAAAAGCGGACUUUUUUUGGAGCUCCACGUGGCAUUUUUGAGGAAUUUUUUGCACCGAAAAAUCCACGUGGAAUUUUUUUUCAAAAAUUUAGAAAAUCUUUGGGGAGAAAAAAUCCACGUGGAAUUUUUUUUUCCGGAGAAAAUUGAAAACUUCGAAGCCAAAAAUCCACGUGGCAUUUUUUUUUCCGGAGAAAAUUGAAAACUUCGAAGCCAAAAAUCCACGUGGCAUUUUUUUUCGAAAAUUUAGAAAAUCUUUGGGGCGAAAAAUUCCACGUGGCAUUUUUUUUCAAAAAAUUUAAAUCUCUGGGACCAAGAAAAUCCACGUGGCAUUUUUCUUUAAAUUCGUUCAAGCCACAAAAAUCUAUGUGGAUUUUUUUUUCAAAAAAUUUAACUUUUUUUUACCAAAAAAAUCCACGUGGCAUUUUUUUCAGAAAAUUAAAAAUAUCAGAGCUAAGUAAGUUCACUUGAAAAAUUUUCCCAAAAAAAAUCCACGUGUCAAUUUUUUUUUUCGAAAAUUUAGAAAAUCUUUGGGACCAAGUAAAUCCACGUGUCAUUUUUCUUUAAAUUCUUCAAGCCACAAAAAUAUAUGUGGAUUUUUUUUCCAAAAAAUUGAACUCUCUGGGACCAAGAAAAUCCACGUGGCAUUUUUCUUUAAAAUCUUCAAGCCACGAAAAUCUAUGUGAAUUUUUUCUUGAAAACUUCGAAGCCAAAAAUCCACGUGGCAUUUUUAUUUCGAAAAUUUAGAAAAUCUUUGGGGCGAAAAAUUCCACGUGUCAAUUUUUUUAUUUGGAGAAAAAAUUGACUUCUCAAAAUCCACGUGGCAUUCUUUCUCCAAAAAAUUAGAAAAUCUUUGGAGCCAAAAUUUCCACGUGUCAUUUUUUUUCAAAAAUUUAGAAAAUCUUCGAAGCCAAAAUUCCACGUGUCAAAUUUCCAGCGUCCCGCGACAACCUCCUCCCGUUCAAACUCUCCCCGUCACCCCCAUCGCCCAACCUACGAUUCCCGUCAAGCUUCCCGCCCUCAAGCCUAUCAUUAUGAAGAGGGUGCACCACAAUGGCGCCCCUAUAUUCAGCCAUCACCAUAUCAAAUGUAUUAUCCGGGAGGUGGUGCAGCUUAUGGGCAAACACGUCGCUAG